AUGAAGCCACAACUGCGAGGAAUUGGAGAUUCCGACUCCGCUUUUGUUGUUGUUUUGUACUGCUGUUUUUUACCGGAAGCAAAGUGGAAGAAAGGAACAAAGUGGGAUGAAGCGUAUAUUGAUUCAACCAUAGGAGAUGGAGGGGCAGAUUCGGAAUCUGAGGACAACAAUUCAAUCACUUCACAUCCACUAUCUCUUGCGCUUCUUAAAGAUGAAAAUGAUGGUUUGCUGUAUGCAACAACAUUGGACUUCUCCUGCAAUGGAUACCGAGGGCCAUAUUGUUUAAAUGAGUCUCCAUAAUAAAUUACCCAUUGGAAUUUGAAGACCUUAUAAUGGUAUUAUUGAAACAUAUAACAUUUUACUUUAAUUCUAAUGUUAGGUGCAUGAUUUGAUCAUUCAAGGAAAUGAAAUUGAAGAAGACAGGUGAGGGAUGGGGUAAGUAUGAAGAUGUUCUUUCUGUAUUUAUUGUAGAUUGCAUUGUACUUUCAUUUAAAAUUACUUGGAUAUAAGAUUGUAUUUUCAUUGUUUUCGAAAAUCUAUUCAAAUAUAGCAUUGUACUUUCAUUUAAAAUUACUUGGAUAUAAGAUUGUAUUUUCAUCUGAU